UAUUUUUUUCCUUUAUAUUGGUUCUUGUUCAAAACUUAAAAAAAAAUUAAUUAUGAGUUUUUUACAAAGUUGGCCUGAGCCAAUUGUCCGUGUUCAAUCUCUGUCCGAAAGCGGCAUUCGAAAAAUUCCCGAUCAUUUCAUAAAGCCACCUUCGGACAGAUCAUUUAACAUCACGGACACGAAAACAACGUCAAUUAACGUACCGUUAAUUGACCUAGAAAAUCUUAAUUCCCCGAAUGAGUUUGUUCGCAAGGAAACAAUUGACGGCAUUUCCAAUGCGUGUAGGGAGUGGGGUUUCUUUCAAGUGGCUAACCACGGGGUUAGCCAUGAGCUGAUGGAAAAAACCCGUGCUGUUUGGCACGAGUUUUUUCAACUUUCACUUGAGGAAAAACAAAAGUUUGCAAAUUCGCCCGUGACUUAUGAAGGAUACGGGAGCCGUAUUGGUACGGAGGUUGGUGCUAAAUUGGAUUGGUGUGAUUAUUUCUUUCUUCAUUAUCUUCCCGAAGCGUUAAGGGAUGAGAACAAAUGGCCUCGUCUUCCGAUUUUAUGCAGGAAAUUGGUCUUGGAAUAUGGUCAAGAAUUAGUGAAAUUAAGCAAAAGGUUAACUAAGAUUUUAUCAAUAGGCCUUGGAUUAAAAGAGGAUUAUAUACACCAAAGUUUUGGAGGAAAUAAUGAAACUAGUGCAUGCUUAAGGGCAAAUUUUUACCCAAAAUGUCCUCAGCCGGACCUUACACACGGCCUCUCUCCUCACUCGGACCCUGGCGGCAUCACCCUUCUCCUCCCUGACACCGAUAUCCCCGGCCUACAAAUCCGUCAUCGCAAUAACUGGUUAACUGUUAAUCCGAUUCCCAAUGCCUUCAUUGUCAAUAUCGGAGAUCAAGUUCAGGUGUUGAGUAAUGCAAUAUACAAGAGCGUGGAGCACAGGGUGAUCGUUAAUUCAAAGAAAGAUAGAUUGUCCUUAGCAUUCUUCUAUAAUCCUGGAGGUGACAAACUCAUCAAGCCUGCACAUCAACUUGUUACAAAUGAUUGUCCUGCUUUAUAUUCUCCAAUGACCUUUAAUGAGUAUAGAUCAUUCAUCAGAACAAAAGGUCUUACUGGAAAAUGUCAAAUUGAAUCACUUAAGUCCCCUAGAUAAUUUGUUAUUUAAUUGGAAAGUUCUUAUAAUUAUGUAAUGUUCUAACUUCUAUAUA